CCGAUCCUUCUGAAGGGCUCAACCGAGAGGCCUGCGAGGCUGCGAGCUACGGCGGGGCUCUUACGAGGUUUCUGAGCGUCCCGAGUGGAUCAGUAAUAGAAGGCAAGGGAAAUCGAGAUGGGCAGGAAUGACGGCGAUUCCGACAGGAGGAAGAGAUUGAAGCGGCGUUCUCAUCCGUCUGACGAAGAGGAUGGUGAAAAAAAGAGGCAUCGAUCGAGAGACAAGCAGACGAAGCGUAACGAGAAGGACGGCAAGAAGAGGAGGCACAAAUCAUCCCGUCGAUCUUCCAGAGACGACGAUAAGAAGAUGAAGAGGGUGAAGAGGAAAGAGCAAAAGUCAUCUUUUGAAGAGAUUUCACUGGGUGACUACUACUCCAAGAACAACGAAUUCUCAAGCUGGUUGAAGGAAGAAAAAGGAGUGUUUUUUUCUGAUCUAUCAUCCGAAGAAGCACACAAACUAUUCGAGAGAUUUGUCAAGGACUGGAACAAUCAAAACCUGCAAUCUCAUUAUUAUGAAGGCAUAGCCUGUGCCCCCCGGACAAGCCAUAACUGGAAGAUUAAACAUGAUAAAGUAUCUGAUGGUUGAAGACCAUAACUAGAAAGUUUAUCUGUGAGACAUCAGUUUCUGCCUUCUGGAGUUUGUUUUCAAUUUCUUCGGUAUGACUAUUUUGAUAGUUGAAGUAAAACUAGAACUCUUUUGUCCAUAUGAGCAGAGAGGAUAUGGCUUUUGAGGCCUAAUUUUAUCUUUUUCAAAGUUAGGUGUGGACUAAAACCGACUGACACCCGUUCAAUUUGAUGUGUGGAUUUUAGGUACUGAUCCCUACACUGUGAAAAGUAAUCCAUCUCAACCAUGUGAGAAACCCCAGUUGAACAUUAUCAAUGGCAACGGACGGAGCGCAUUUUGCAUGUUCUAGUUUCGUGUUUUGUAAUUAACAGGUAAACAGCUGUAUGUCAUUUUCAGGUUGAAAAUAAACUUGUUUAACUUGUUAAUCAUGGAGAUGGUUGUUUA